AUGGAGAGCAUCGCGCAGAUAGCGUCGCUGGCGAACAACGAGAUCAACGACGAUGGCCUGUCGCCCGGCCAGCACAACAACAACAGCAACAAGAGGAAAGCCGAGGAUGGAGGUCAGCAGCAAAGAGCGAAGCGCAACCGAUACAUUUCCAUCGCGUGCAACGAAUGCAAGCGACGCAAGAUCAAGUGUAAUGGACAGACACCAUGUCAGCGCUGCGGCAACCUCUCCCUCGACUGCGUGUAUACGCCCAACUGCUGCAAUGGCUUUAAGGACUCACAGGAGUUCAAGGAGAUGUCAGCGCAUAUCGCCUCGUUGCAGGAGCAGGUGAACAGCCUCUAUCAAGACAUGACUACGCUGCGCGGCCAGAUCAGCAUCGGCGGACCAACGUUACAGCAUGCGCAGUCUUCGUCCGCCAUCGACCCUUCGCUGCAAUCUCCGUUCAGGCCCCAUCGACCUUCGUUUACAGCGUCGCAGGCGUCUCCUGGCGCACCGCUGGCGAACAUGUCGCCGAGCAUCGGCCUGCACAAGAGCCAUUCGCAAAACAGUCAGCCGACUUUCCGUGGCCCGACUAGCAACGACUUCAACUUCGGCGUCGCGAGAAAUAGCUUACAGACUAUGGGUAUAACAAGCCACAAUGAUCUCGCAGAAAAUGGGAGCGGAGAGGCAGGCAAUGCUACACGGGAAGCAUCACCAGAACAGUCUGCGACGGCGAGAGAUAGGGACCGGAUGCAGUACUCUCACCAAAUGCAUUCCACGAAGGAUCCAAUAUGGGCUGUCUCUCGAGAAGAAGCCUUAAGGUUAUGCAGAGUAUGGGAAGACGAGAUGGGUAUCAUGUAUCCUGUGCUGGACAUGGACAAGGUUAUCGCGCAUACCCAGCAUCUGUACCGCUUCAUGGAGGCUGCGCAUCGCACCGGAUUGAUGCAACAAGGAUUUCCUGGCGCCGAUGCGAUUGACGACGAAGACACCAACAUACUCAAGCUGAUAUUAGCCACAGCGUUGACCGCAGAGGGUUCUGGAAAGAGCGAGCUUGGGCAAAGAAUCUUCGACUACGUCCAUCCGGCCAUAGAAACCCUUCUGUUGGGAAAUGUUGGUAUCAAGGGGAUAAGACUGCUUGUUCUGACGGCGAUGUACGAGUUCCAAAUAGACAACGAAGGGACCGCAUGGCGCAUCACUGGCAUGACAGCACGUCUCUGCAUAGAGCUGGGUCUCCACCGGCGAGAGACAUACGAGGCCAUGACUGACGAAUCAGAGCGCUCGGAAACUGGUCUACUCUUCUGGGCUAUCUAUGUUCUGGAUCGAAGAUGGAGCUUCGGCACAGGAAUGCCAUUUGCUUUGCAAGACCAGGACAUUGACCCGCUACUCCCGAAGCCAGAUGACCGCUCCCCAUACCUGAGCGCUAUGAUUCAGUACAGCGCCAUCGGCGCCAAAGUCUGGAGGACCGUGGCGGCAGCGAAAUCUCCUGGCUCUGGUGGUCCAGUCGACACAGAAGAGAUGGGCUAUCUCGACUACCAGGUGAUUCAAUGGCACCGCAACAUCCCCUUGCACCUACGCUUCGAGCACCCGUCCCGAGCAGGUCGCCUGAGUACACCGAUCGAACCACCGCCUUCGAGAGCUGCCGGUCGCCUCCGGGUGCUGCUGUACAUCAGAGCCAACCAAAUGCGCAUACUCAUCUACCGCCAGGUGCUGCACUCGGCAACGUCCAUCAUGCAAUACCGGGAGCAAGCGCAGACGGUUGUGGACGUUGCGAAGGAUACAAUUCGUGUUCUGACACACAUCAAUCAGACCACGGACCUCUACCGCACCCAUCAGGUUCUCUUCAACGCAUUUUUGACAUCCGCGCUCGCUGUGCUUUUCCUGGCGGUUGCCCACACUCCCGCGGAAUUCGCUGAGAAUGUGCGCGAGGAGUUUUAUAUGGCCCUUGAUCUUGUCCGCGGCUUCAGCAAGAACAGCUGGGUUUCCAAACGGCUGUGGAAGACUGUUCGUGUGCUCAAAGACCUUGGUCCAAAGCUCGGUCUCGCCUCCGGCGGGAACGACAGCUCUAGUCAUGAUCCGCCCAAACAUGAGCUCGACCCCAAUCGCUCAGCCGCAGUGGCUAUGGCCGGCCUAGCAGGGCAUAAUGUUGACGAGUUGGCCUUAUACCAGACAAGAAGCAACAGCGGCAAUGCACAGCUGUGGUCCUCUGGAGCCACUGGCGCCAGCAGCAGCCCCGAGCACAUGGCAAACGAUUUGACCAGCUUGUUUGAGGCAGCCGGUGGCUAUCAUGCGCUCGACAAUGGCAAUGCGAACGGGGGCUCAGCGGGAUCGUUCUCGGGGACAGGUGAGGGCGGGACAGCAGAUGGCAUGGACAAUCUGACGGCACUCUUUGGCGGAGACGAAGGGUUGUCGAAUAUCUUGAAGGAGCUCUUCUGA